AACAGGUUAUACAGGUUAUCUGAGAAAGAAGGAAAGAAGUGGAUAACGUUCUUCUCCCACUUUCUCUGAGACUGCAACAAUGGCCAUCCGUUCUAGCUUUCUCAAAUUCAAUCAUCUUCAAAUCAAUGGAUUGCAGCCCAGAAUAUUCAAACAAAGAAAUCUCAAUGUCAUUAUGAGUAAAAGGAGUAGUAGAAGUAGUCAUGGCAUGGCUCCAACUCCAAGCCCUCGGCGUCUGAUAACGAUAUCGACAGGAGAUGGGAGAUGGCAAGGGAAAUGGGAUUCUGAAUAUCUUGUGUCCCUCCAAGAUCUAAAGUUGACAGACUUGGUUGAGCUUGAGGAUGAUCUUCAUCAUCAUCAUCAUCAAAAAGAUGCUCUAGUUUCUGUCAAACUCAAAGUCGAGAAGCAUGCCAGCUUUGGAUUCUCUGUUGAUGGAAGGAUCAUCACAUCGUUCCCCAGAAAAUGUAGCAGCUGCAGUUCCCCCUACUGCAGACAGAUUGAUACAGAAUUUAAUGUAUGGGUUUUAUUAUCAAAACGAGAUAAUCGUGAAGUUUCUUUGCCUGAACUUGGAGGAGAUGACCCAUCUGUCAUUUAUGUCAAACCUGGUAGCGAAGCAGACCUUGAUACGUUCAUACAAGACACCAUACGGAUUACCACCUCUAUAAAAGAUACUUGUUCAGAAUUGUGUGAGAAAUCUUCAUUUACAUUGCAUAAUAAUAGUGGCUCGAGAUCGGGUAGUAUUGAUCAAAGGUGGUCUAGACUCUUGGAGCUAAAGAAGUCACCAAAUUCAUAACAUAUAAUGUUAAUAUUAAUUUAGAGAACAUUAAGAAUGUAAUUAUAUAUAUAUUGAUAUUAUAGUAUAUUGAUCAUAUGGCUUGAACGUGUUGUUGUGUACAAGCUCAAGUAUGUAUAUGGAUGACAUCUGUGUAUAAUUUAUAAAUAUAUACAAGAUCUUAGUUGGUCUAAAA